AUGUACAGCGUCAGCCAGACUCGCAAGUUCAGCAAGACACCUCAGCAUCAGGACAUAGUCAGACCACUUACGGUCUUGCGUGAAGGUCUCGUUUCAUUGCCUCCAGCUCGUGUCGCACCAGGCCACGGUCGGGAUCACGAGAGAGCUCUGCUGGUCGGUUCUGGGCUGAGCUUCAGAAUCACGGAAUGGAACGACAUGGCAAUGAAGACAGAUUUUUCGAGAAUCCUUCCUUCGACCAUGUGCCAGUUGUGA